CUCUCCCUCUCUUUCUCUUCCCUCCUUCUUCCCCUCCUCCUUCUUCUACCCCAUCCGCCUCCCCUCCCUCUCUUUUUACUUCUCCUUCCCCCUCCGUCUCCAUGAGCCCUUGAUCCCUUGUUCGCGACAUCAUCGACCCACCGUACAUUGUGAGCACAAUAUAUCACUAUCCUGUUCAAACCCUAAGACCGCCUUCCCCCCUCUCUUGUCGAUAGCUCAAUUUACACACUUCAAUCGCAUCUUCAAUUGCACAUUUCACUCACACUACAACCGAGCGCGAAAAAACCAGCGAAUGUCUCCCUAUUCACACCGCCAACCCGUCGCCUCGAUUUCACAGUCCAUGUUCAGCACCCUUGACAACGACCUCAGCAGAUACCAGUUGGGCUAUGGGGUGACCGACGAAACCAACCCGGCGACACUUCAUGUUAAUGAGGGUGACCUCUCUCACGACCCAGUCUAUCCAGGCGCCGACGUCAGUUACUUCAACGGUCUCCCCUUCAAUUUCCAGGCUGCACACAACUUUGUCGCGGUUUAUUCAAUUCCUCGUGGAGAACCUAGCGGAGUCGACUCGCUAUCCAUGAACGAACUUUCUGCUGGAAUCGUGUCCGCCACAAAGAGCAGCAAGACCACCAACGGUGUCGGAAGUAAUAGCAGCAGAAUCGGCACAGAUGCCAAGGGCACCUACAGCCAAGAAACAGCUGAAUGGUCGCGCUUCACCAUCAAUCAACUCUCGUCGUCGUCAGCAGGCAACCUCACAGUCAACAGCAACAGCAGUAAUCCGUCUUUACUCUUCUCCGCCUCGUCUUCCCCUUCGACCUCAUUGCCCGUCUUCGCGUCCGACGCUGCCCUUAGCCAAAACAUCCCUAGAGUCAUUUCCGCGGCAACAGGAUCAUCUUCUGCUCCAGUCAUGAACUAUAUGAUGACAAACCAGAAUUAUCUUCUGGUUCACUCACAACAGCACCCUAGCCAUCAACAACAGCAACAUCACCAACAACCACGCCGUCAACAACAAAUAACACCUGCAGAUGACAGCGGCAACUACUAUAUGGCAUUUUCAUCGAAUGAUUAUCAAGGAUUAGCGUUCAGUAACCAUCCGAGCGCAUCCUACCCACAGGCACAGUAUACCCACUGGAGCACCACCCAAUUGCCCGUCGAUUCUACUCCCGCCUCUACAGCCAUAACAACGUCCAAUGUCGCAUGGACCAACGAUGCUGUAGGCAGUGCACACAUGAUGCAUAUGCAGUGCACUGCUGCUAGUGCAACCCCGUCUUCUGCAGCAACAACAAGCAAGGACAACUGCAGCAGCAAUGACAAUGCACCCCAUGCACAGCGACAGCUUCAGAGGCCUAGACAGAUGCAGUCGCAGCAGUUGCAGAUCAUGACCUCGCUCGAGUCCGGCAUCGCCUCGAUGUACUCACAGACCACCUCUACCGCCAAAAAGUUUGUUCCUCAGCAGCAGCAGCAGUCCUCGAUUGUCAGCCCAGUACAGCACUAUCCCUGGGGCAUGGCACCUUCACCCGUGGAGUCCUGCUUCACGUCGGAUUCGUCUACGCCUUCGUUCGCACCCCUGUCGCCUUCGAUCUCAUACUCCAAUUCGGAUCUCGGCAGUAUGUCUUGCGAUUCCUCAAGGCCGACCUCGCCCUCGUUUAACCAGUCAGGGUUCAUGUAUGAGGGAUACCUCUUAGAACGCCGGCUGCACCGACAAGGCUCUGAGUCAUCUAUCAUCCGGUCCAGGAAGUCAUCGACAUCUUCGACCUCGUCCAUUGUUUCUCAACGGCGCAUGUCAACUCUUCGAGAAUCAACCACCAGUCCCUCGUCAUUUUCUGGCAUGACCACCACGACCACCACAAUCUCUUCUUCUCCCGCCUCAACCUUGUUGUCGUCGCCGACCCACCAAUGUCCAAAGUGUGGACAAUGUUUCGCCGGCCCCGCAGUGUUAGUGCGCCAUAUCGAAUCCAUCCACGACAAACUGCUCUGGAACUGUGUCGGCUGCAAAUCCAACCUCUCACGCAGGGACGCUGUAACGAGACACAUCAAUCUCUCGCCCAUGGAUUCAGUCUGCAGAGCUGUAGGUACCAUCGGACAAAUCAAAAUGAUCAACGGAAAUGAGAUCCAGUACGAGAUCAGUUCCUAUCGAGCGAAGCCAUUGGACGAGGUCAUGAACCGGAUGGGAAAGAAGAUUUCAACGACGCUGAGGAAGGAGAUUGACCUGGCCAAGGUUCGUGGCAGUAAUGGCGACAAUGGAUCGACAGUACAUACUUCAAGUGGAGGCCUCGAGGGAUUGGAGGAGGACGAAGGAUUGGACUGCCUGGGGGGAAGGGGGAGCGAAGAUGCGGAUGGACGGACGGAGUUGGAGGCAGAGGAUGAGCGGUAUGGUGAGGAUGAGGAUGAGGUACAGCAAAAGAAGCGCAGACGAUCAUCGAUGCCGACUCUGGCGCGUCGAAAGAAAUGAGAGGGCCCAGGCGUCGCUUGCCGUUCACACCAUCGAUGGUGCAGCAGUUUAUAUACCCAUUUUCUUUUCUCCUUUUUCAACAUACAUCACACAACUUUUCAUCGUCUCUGUUUUUUUGCCCAACACGCACUUCACACAAAAAAUGAAACCAACAUAUCAUCCGCAUGCUUGUACAUUUUCCUUCAACUCGUCAUUUUUUUCUUUUUUUUUGCGAGCCUUGUUGUGCAUAGGAUGCUCUUCUCCUUGUCUUUCCUGGUCAGCUUCCCUAUAAAAAGUUCAAUCUGCUUCAGUUUACGUUACGUUCGCAAGAACUCCAGACCGGGCAGAUUCGUGGGAUGUGAAAAACUCGCUUGUCGAGAUUUCCAAGGCGCACACGUAGGACUGCAGUACCAUCGAUUUUUUUUUUUUUUUUUUGGGGAUUU